AGGCGACUAUAGAGCUUUCUCCUUUCUAACAGGAAAAAACGGAAUUACUUCAGUUGUGGAAGUUGAACUUUGCUUCUCUAGUAGCUAUUGUAGCGGAUCAACAUCCACAGAUUAUAUCUUUCCCGAUGGGAGUAACACUUGCCCCCUACCACCUCGAUGUGUGAAAAGGAUGCCGAGGGCUCCAUGCUGAGCACUUAAUCAUCUUCCUACUAUUUAAUUUGCAUAUUCCUCGCCCGAUUAGGGAGGGAGGCUGGAUUCUAUUUCCCUACUGCCCGAGUUCUAACCGCGCCGAGGGGGUGAGGGGCUGCGAUGAGGAUUAUAAAACCCCAGCAGCAGAUUUCUGCAUCAUGUCCUGUACAUCAUUUUGACAGUAAGCUUCCUGAAUGACGGACCGAGAACCCUAAGGAACUUUUCUUAUUUAGAAAAAAAUUUGGAGAAGUCUACAGCAGCUUUGAAGACAGUAACAUUAAGUGUCUAAGCCUGACAAGUCUGCUCUACGGACUUGUAACGGGCGUCGCUGUUGCUUCAGAGAGCUUUUAUCCCCAUUGAAACAACUUGAACCAAUCGCGCUGGUCUCCCCAGUUCGUCUCCUCUUGAGUCUCUUCUUCUGCUUUAGCCCUCCUGCCCUUUUGGGGGUGCGUAAUUACUGGGGUCAGGGUGUUAGUACUAUGAGGACUUGCCGAGUUUUUUACAUUCUCGUUAUCUUGUACUUUUUCGGAUGGACCGUCGAUGGAUCCGCGCCUAAGAUCAAAUCAUCUACCUUACCCAUCCAGUCGGAGGUUGACCCCCAGCCUUCCAAGGCGGUAUCAGGCUGCUCUUUUGGGGGUAAAUUCUAUGCACUUGAAGACACUUGGCACCCUGAUCUUGGAGAACCUUUUGGAGUGAUGCAUUGCGUUGUGUGCUACUGUGAAUCGAACCGAAAUCGGAGAGGGAAAGUCUUUGGAAAAGUAAGCUGUAAGAACAUAAAGCAUGACUGCCCUGAGACACCUUGCAGUAACCCUGUUCUCUUGCCAGGACACUGUUGCAAGACCUGCGUAAAAGCUCCUUCGGUACAGCAACAGAAGAAAGUAGAGCCUCUGUUUGAUGGAUUUGAAUAUUUCCAGGAUAAAGAAGAUGACCUUCAUAAAAGUUACAAUGACCGUUCUUAUAUCAGUUCUGAAGAUGUCUCCCAGGAUGACAGUCGAACAGAUUUUGUUUCCUUGCUGACCGGUGCAUCAGAAAAUUGGUUUCCUUCCUCAGGAGGUGUGGCCAGAGCAAGAUUUACACUUGUCCGCUCAAACCUCAUCUUCUCCAUCAACUAUGAAAGACUUACACGGCCCACAAGAGUUCGUUUCAUGGACCAUGAUGGAACAGUUUUGUUUGAGCAUCCUGUCCAAAAGAUGGCAUCACCUCAGAGUAACAUGAUCUGUGGCAUGUGGAGGAAUCUGCAUAAAUCAAACAUUCGACUUCUGAAAUCAGAGCUCCUUCAAGUGACACUGGUGACACAAGCACGACGGGAGGGUGAAAUCCAUGGUAAAAUCGUGAAGCACCGGGCGCUGUUUGCUGAGACAUUCAGCGCCAUUCUGACCUCUUCAAACACAGGACAUGUUGGUCUUGGAGGAAUUGCCAUGCUGACCUUGAGUGAUAUGGAUAACAACCUACAUUUUAUACUGUUGAUGGACGGGAUCUUGAACAAAGCAGAAAAAGUCCACCCUCUGGCACCUAUUCUUGUCCAUCUUUCCCACCAGAACAAAGUCUUACGUGAAAUCCGAGCAAACAUCACAGCACAGGAUCCUGAUUUUGCAGAGGUGCUAACUGAUCUUUCCACUAGAGAAAUGUUUUGGCUUUCUCAUGGUCAGCUUGAAAUCUCUGUAGAAACUCAAGGUACAGAUUCCCGACGGAUAUCUGGCUUUAUCACUUCCAAGAAAACGUGUGAUACUAUACACAGUGUCCUUUCUGGAGGAGAUGCUCUGAUUCCAAGCAAAACUGGAGCUGUUGGUUCUGCUAAGCUAAGCCUGCAUGACAAUGGAACACUUGAAUACCAGAUUCAGGUGGCAGGCACUGCCAGUGAGGUUAUUGAAAUUACUCUGGAGACCAAACCUCGAAGGAAGAACAAGCGUAAUGUUAUUUAUGAUAUGACACAUGACUUCAAGAAUGGUUUGGCAAGGGGAAUGUGGGAUCGUAUUACUGCUCGAGAUAUUCACAUGCUGCUACAAAAUGAGCUGUUUCUGAACGUUGCCACCAAGGAGUUUGAAGAGGGAGAGGUCCGUGGUCAGAUCACUACUUUACUUUACAGUGGGCUACAGGCUCGUUACCAAGAGCUUCCCAGCCCCCUAGCCGGGCGUUUCGUUGUUCCCCCUGUGAGAAGCAGUUCUGCAGGGCAUGCUUGGAUUUCCUUGGAUGACCAUUGCCAUCUGCAUUAUGAGAUCAUUGUUGCAGGGCUGAACAAGGCAGAUGAUGUCACACUCAAUGCCCACCUUCAUGGGUUUGCAGAGAUUGGAGAGGUGGAUGAGAAUAGUAGCAAGGAACACAAACGGCUUUUGAAGGGUUUCUAUGGUUCAGAAGCUCAAGGAGUUCUCAAAGACCUCAGUCCUGAACUACUCAAACACCUGUCCCGGGGUACUGCAUUCAUACAAGUCAGCACCAAAGUGAACCCAAAAGGAGAAAUCAGGGGUCGGGUGCAUAUUCCUAACAGCUGUGAGGGUGGCCGACUAACACCAGAAGAUGUGGAAUCAGAAUAUGACUAUGACACCUUCGAGGAAUCCAAAACUGACCCUGAGGAGUUAAAAAAGGACCAGAAUUCUUGCUUCUUUGAAGGGCAGUACAGAGCCCAUGGAGCAAAAUGGGCCCCAGAAUAUGACAAGAAAUGUUCCAUCUGCAGUUGUCAGAAACGAACAGUGAUCUGUGACCCCAUCAUCUGUCAGCCAUUAAACUGCACUAAUACAAUCCACCCAGAGGAUAAAUGCUGCCCUGUUUGUGAAGCUGAAAAGAAAAGAACAAAAGAGACUAGAAGGAAUGACAGGGGUGAAGAUCAAAAUGAUGGUUGCUAUUUUGAGGGUGACAGAAAGUGGCACGCAGCUGGAACAGUUUGGCAUCCCUUUGUACCUCCUUUUGGCUACAUAAAAUGUGCAGUUUGUGCUUGUAAGGGGGCAACUGGUGAAGUUCAUUGUGAGAAGGUUCAAUGCCCUCGUGUUACUUGCAGCAAACCCAUCAGAACAAACCCUUCAAGUUGUUGCAGAGAAUGCCCAGCUCCUGAGAAACCCCCAAUUGAUCCUUCUGACAUGAUGCAAGCAGAUGGUCCAAGGCCUUGCAAAUUUGGCAGACACUGGUACCACAAUAAUGAGCAAUGGCACCCGGAGAUCCCCCCCGUUGGAGAGAUGAAAUGUAUUACCUGCCGCUGUGAAAAUAGUGUGACAAAAUGCCAGCGUGAGCAAUGCCCUGUUCUCACCUGUGACAAGAUCAUAAAACGGACUGACAAAUGUUGCCCAGAAUGUGCAGGAGCUGUCACCGAAGAGAAGGCAACCUGGAAAAAUGAAGAGGCAAAAACCAGUAGCUGGGGAUUCUGAGCUUCCAGAAGAUAUGUUUUACUGAAGAAGUCAUGUAAAGGGAUUGAAUCAGUGUGCAUAUAUGUGUUAAGGUUCCUUGGAGACCUUUAGUGCCAAUGAGCCUGAAAAGCAACCAAACUUUGACUCCACACUUGAGUGGUAUAAUGCUAAGACUGUCUUUAGUAGAGUCAUCUCCCAUUGUUGCAUAGGGUUCAGCACUCAGCAAGUAACCAUGGAAGCAGCAAUCAUUUCUUGUUUUUUCUAAGGAAUGCUGAUUAUGGAUCUAAAGUUCUUUGUAGACUAUGAACACGGCCUCCUCUGGCUAUGUAAACAUAUAAGAAGAACACUUUAAUUUAUUACCUUCAGCUUUAAAAGGCUAACCAGUAUUAUUUAAUUUAAAGGAGAAAGAUCAAAGAUUUUUGGCUUAAUGACAUUAAUUUCAUAAAAGACAUUAAUAUGUGAGCAAAAGAGAUAGUUUGAGUGUGUGUGUUUGUAUGUGUGCACAUGUCUGUCUGUCUGUGGUGGUACACUCACAUGUUUCUGAGGAGGGAAAGCAGUGAGCAGAGCCUGAGCCCUGCAACAAGAUAUAUUUAUCACUAUGCAAAAGACAAGUUUUUUAUACUAAAGAAUGUAAUUCAGUUACACAGGCAGUGUGGAAUUUAUGAAGAUUCCCUUGCUAGGCUGGAAAGGACAUCUUAAGGAAUGGCCAAGAAAACCCUGAGAAUUGAAAUGGGAGAUGUAAGCAGGAAGGUGCUGAGAUGGAAAAUGGAGACAAACACAGCUGGGCAAAGAACUGUCAAGCAAACAAAAAUGCAAAGCAGCCUGUAACAUAAAAAGAAAGUUGUUUAAUCUUGCCUGGGCUUCAUUUUUCUUUUGCAGUUUGCUGUCAUGCUUACAAUUGUAAAUUCUAGGUCUCUGAGGACUUGUUUACGGCUGUGUUAAAGGGAACUGUGGAAUAAGGUGAUGAAUUGAUCUGCAGGAGGGUUGUCUUUUUGAAUGCAAGACGACAGUAAAUUAAUGAAGCAUUCUUCUGAUGCCUUGUACAAAUGGGCAUCUUAGCUGGAAGCCUUUGUAAUGCAUCCAAGGGAGAAAAGGGACAGUGGGUAGCCCUUUCUGAGGAUAAUGUGCAUGCAGUUAAAAGGUUGGUCUCAUUCCAUGUGGACCACCAGAAAAACUGGAAAAAUACAGCCCCCUCCCCAAUCUCACCAAACCACACAAGACUUUAUCAGAACUGGAAAUAUUCAUAUCCAAAAAACAAAUUGGACUAUUUUCUGUAUAAAUGCAUCUUGUGUAAGUAACCAUAAAAUAAUUAGCUGGCUAAUGUAUUUGAUACCUUCAGUUCUUCUGGGAAGACAAAUAGCGUACCAUAUUUUCUGUACCAUAUCACUGUGCCUUAUUUCAUUUAUAUUACAUGACGUAGUUAGAUUGUAAUAAUUACUAAUGAUCUGUACAGUGUUACAUACAUUUGUUUGUCAUUGUACUCUUCUUUGUAAAUGCAAUAAUAUUCUAAAUUGUGAUAAAAUAACAGUUUUAUAGUUUAUGCAUCACUCACUGACUGAAAUUCAGAACUAGAUCAGACACUCAUGUCCACUGCUGGUAGUUGUAGUUCAAGACACACUCUGAGUUAUGUGAGCAUGCUAGGGAGUAGCAAAGAGUGCAUCCUUGUAGAUAUAAGAUAAUAUGCUUAGGAAUAAUGUUUGCUGACCUAUGCCACACAGGAGCUGAUCAGUCCUAAGGCAACCAUUUGCUAAUUCAUGUACCUCCUCUUUUUGCCCCUUUUUGCUUCAGACAUUCACAUCUCAGAGAUCUGGUAGCACUGCAGACAUUUAGCAGUAAUAGAGAGGUACUUGAAUGAGUAAGUGGCUGCCUUAACAUUAAUAGGAAGCUGACAUUACCACAGCUCAAGCAGUAAGGAGCUGACAGUGAAAGGAUCUGUCAGAGCUUUACACUUCUUGCCAUUUUAGCAGAAAUGUAUUCCCUGACUUAUAAGCAAAGAACACUAGUGCCUUAACUCAGCAAUUUUGUUAUGCCUUAAAUCCAGUUCAGUUAUUGCCUAUCUCUAAACUUAAGAUACUAUGAAAUGUGGGAAAGCAACUUACGACUUUGUAUUCCUGCACAACUGUUAAUGGAGUAGUUUAGAACAGACUAAAAUGAUUUCAGUAUGUACUGGAUUGAAGACAAAAAGAUAGUAGAAAUGAACUCUUAAGAGGCUUUCUGACUUUUAAAAUAAAAAUUUUAUGACAAUUUUAGCCAACAAUGGUGUUUAUGGAAAAGCAGUUAUUCUGUAACUGCAAGUAUUCAGGUUGACCUUAACGGCACAUCCACACUGUGUUAGAGGGAACAGGACAUCUUGCCAUGGAACCUAUCAAUGAAUUUCCACUGUAUGUGUCCUGUGAUUAAAUGCAGUGGUCAUUGCUUUCUUGUACUGUUUCAUGUCCUAAUGGCUACAAGCACAGAAGACAAAACAGUUAACAUUACACGCUACCAACUGUUUCCCUUUCUUCAUGUCUGUAUGAUGGAUGAGUUAAUAUGUGUAAUUAGCAAGGGUUGUAUAGUGGGUGCUUUCUCUACAAGGCAGGUACAGAAAGCUUGCAAAAAUCCUUAUGUAGCUGCUUUUUGUGUUUACUGCUUGACCACUUUGUUUCAUUACUUAAUACAAGGGUGGGGGAUUCAUGAAUGAGGCUGCUUCAUAGUAAUGCAGUUUCUAGACUUUUGAUGUGUUUGUGGUCAUUUGUGGGUGGGCUACAUUGUGUAAGGCAAUGAUUAGGAGGCUCAUGGUGGGAAUUGUUCUGUAACCAUACUUGGGUAUUCUGAACUGCAGCUGUCAGUGACAUAGGUCCUCAUAAUAGUUGUCACUGCCUAAUGGGUUCCCUUCUCUGAGGAUAAGAAAUUAUGACAGCUAUAAAAGGCUUAUAGUAUAUCUGCAGUGACAGCAUUAUUGGGAAAAGCUUCUAGUGAUAGCAAAGGCCAUGCAUUAUUUGGAAGGCAAUGGUUAGAGAAAUGUGUAGGAUAAAUUGCAUACUAUUCUAUUUGAAUACUGCCUUUUUGUCUUUAUCUAUGUGGCACCAGACAACUCACUUAACCAAUUAAUAAUGCUGCAUAACCCAAGUUCAAAAGUGCAAAGACAGGACUUAAUCUUAUUCCAACCAUAAGAAUCCUUCUUUACAAAAGAAAAAAAAAAUUCUAGAAAACUUUACACUCAAGUGAAAUCUGUCUUCUACAGUUUAAUCAAGCAGCGCAAGAAAAGAGUAUUAUAUAAAGGAUGACUUGUGAAAAUAGAAGUUUGGCUCAGAAGAUUUUAUGUUUUUCAUGAUCGAAAUCCGCCUGGUUGUUUAGAAAGAUUGCUAUAUUUUCACUGCUGGUGUUGUUCUAUGCUGUACUAGAUUUUGAUUAUAAUACCUAAAACUUCAUUCAUUUAAUGGUCUCAAUAUAGACAUGUAUAUUCCCCUUAAGGUAGUAAACUUGUAUUAACCCUAAACAGUAAUCUGUUUAAGAGACCCAGAGACCCCCAGAUUUGGCUUGAAGUAAUGUGCUAUGAAGUGGUUCAUUCUGGUAUAAUUUCACAGAUAAAUAAAUCCCAUGUCAGAACCACAUGGUAGAUUCAGACAGAAAGCUUGUCUGGGGGUUUGGGGUACAUGAGUCAAUAUUGCAUGCUGUAAAUUGCAAAGGAACUUACAGUUCUUGUGCUGCAAAAGGGAAUCCUAGAUUAGGCAAUCCACCCUUGUCUCAUUAAAUGAUAACUGAAAGUUUUGUUCACCUCAGCUGAUAGGACUCUUUUGAUCAACUGGUGCAGUGCUUGCCUUGCAAACCUGAAUAACCGCAUAAAUAUGGUGCUUACACCAACUGCACAUCCAACCUCACAAUGCCCCUCUAACUUAGGUACAUGUAACACAACAACCUGUCAUGAAUUGUUGAUGCCUUAUGGUUAUUUGCUAACUGACACUGUAAAACAGAUAACGUGCAAAAGUAGAAAAUCAACCAAAUCCCGAUAAACCACAUGGACAAACUACCCCUAAAACAACAAAUAAGGAAAAUGGAGACCCAUUCUGUCAAGUGAGAAAGCUGUGUUGAAGUCAUGGAGAAGUACAAUGGACUUGAUCAUUUUAUCAUAACCAACAAGUGUGAGAAAUGUGUUUCAGAAAAGCCAUUUCCCUUCCAAACAUCACAAGAUAAUUGCUAAGCAGAAAGGGAAACGUGCAUUUUUUACAACCCAAGUAUUUUCAAUUUCUCUGUUCUGCUGCAAUGUUGGAACUAAUUAUAUAAUCAAAGAUAUGUAGAACUGCCAUAAGAUAAAUUAUUUUGAAUUAUUGAAAGCACAACUGGGUGUGUUGAUAAGAAAUUGGUGUAAUUUUGGUACAGACUAAGUUAAUUCAAAGUGCAGCUAUGUUUCAUGUUCUCUACAACAUGUGUUAUAGUUCAUAGUAAUCCUACAUUGUUAUAAUGUUAUUAACAAAUUGAAAACCAACUAGUAUAUUUGAGGAAUUUUGUUACAGUAAUGCAUUUCACUACAUUUUACUUUUUAAAUGUUUUUCUGAACUCUGUUUUAGUUCAAUAUUAUUUCAGAAUACUUUAUAUUUGCAUACAUAAAAGUCUUGACUUGUGCUAUCUGCUUUUUAUAUGUUUCAGUAGUUUAAAUCAUUUUUAUUACAGUACUAUAUAAUUUGAUGGAAUUAUACAAAAUCCACUUGAUAUUCAACAAACAAGGAGCAACUUCACUUGCAAAUAAAUAAUAAUUAAAAAUCAAAAUUUAAAGUACAACAGUUUUAAAUUAUAACCGCACAGUUUCUGCUAUACCCAGGCAGUGCAUACAAAUGGUCAUUUGUGGUCAGUGUACUACCCUGCUAAACAUAUGUAAAAUAAAAAAAUAUGAAAACUGAAGAAUAUCCAUACAGAAAGAAAUUCCAGAAAAGGGAAUGCUUCUGUAAAGUGUAGCCAUAAUUAUUUAAAAAAAUGUAAACAUGAAAGCAGCAAAACAAUAAAGAAACAUAUUUCUUAGCAUCUAUACAAAACACAAUCCUCUUAUUUACAAAAUUAAAAAUAAAUGGUGUUGGUAUAUGUGCAUAGACAAAAAUAAUACAGUAAGAUGCUGCUGUAAGCUACAUGCACUUUAACAUUGGGGUUGCAUUGACACAUCUCUUUUAUAGGACCUUUUGCUCUUGUUUAUAUAAAGGGAUAAAGAACUUGAGCACUGUCUCUACCCUCUUUGCAAAGUUGAAAAGUGUUAUUCACAUUGUAGGUAAUCUGGAGGGAACAGAACUGAGCCUAUGUAAAGGAACUGUAGAGCUUGCUAUCUGUAAAUGUAAUUAUCUCCUUCUAAACUGCCAUAUCUGGUGGGUGCAAUGAAGAGAUCAUUAUAUACCACUAUUGAAGGUGAUGACAUUUUUAUGAAAGCAUGGAAUUAGUAUCUGGUAACUUCUCUUAUUUGAAUCAUGUAAAUGUUGUCAUCAUGCAUAUCCUUGAAAUUAUAGUAUUUGGAAUUAAAAUCUACUAAUACCGUAGUAAAGAGAAUGUUGUAUUUAAUAAAGCAUCAUGUCACAUUUUGUCACUAUGACUCAUCUUAGGUGCAGACUGGUACAAAUUCACCUAUAACAUUGCCCACCAUUCCACAGCAUUGCCCGAUAUGGGUGUUUAUUUGAGAAUGUAUUUGUUAUUUGAAUGUAAAUAUUCAAGAUAUGUGGUUUAGACAUUUGUUUUUCUCUUAAUUGCUGCUUUGUAUUUUUUUAUUUAUCUUCUGUAAGACUGAGCUGCCACCAUAAAGACUGCUCUGACCUGUAAAUAUUAUCAUUGCAGACUUCAUAUUUAUUAAAUAUUGAAAUAAAACUGAUCAUAAAAUA